AUGUCAACUUUCAACAUUCCGAAGUUUAAAAUCGUAAUUUUGAGUGUAUUUUGUGAUGGAAUAGUUGAAACGCCAAAACAAGCACAUCAUUCAAGUUCUGGGUCAGCAAUAUCCAACAGUGGAUGGUUUCAACUAUAUGCAGCCUCUACGAAGCAAAACUUGGAAAGAGAUCUUGAUACUGGAGAUCAAUAUGAUUCAGGGGAGGAAAGGUUGGAAAGAAUCGUUGAUUGUAUUACAGCAUCAAUUAAGGGGUUGUUUCCAAAUAUACCAAAUGAAUUAAUCCUGAAGUAUGGGGAUUUAUCUGCACUAAUAAGCCAUCUAGAUGUAGAUGUUAUCUAUAUCAGUGAUACUACAUUUUCCACAAAAGGUGAGUUUGAAGAGAUUAACUCAAAUUCUUUUCUAAAUCAAAAAGAAGCUUUCGAGAAUCCCUUGGUAAAUGUUGUUUUAUGCAACUUUGACAGAGCUCCACCGAUAUCGUCUUCUCCUAAUUCAUUCUCUCAUAUCUUUAAGCUUUGCGAACUAUCAAAUAAUUACCAUGAAAUUGAAUUUCUACUUGUUGGCUUUUCUGCGAGUAAGUACCCAGAAACUGAAAGAUUUUCUAAAAAAAAUUUCGAGAAAUUUAGAACCGAAGUGCAAAGACUAUUUGGAAAUAAUGCCAAAGAUAAAUGUAUCUGGGUUUCAGAAUCAAAUCAACUGGAUACCCCAGAUUACAUUUUGCAUGUGGGCGCGCGCCGAAUACACACAAGACUAUUGGAAGAGGCGGCAAAUGCGAUAAAUGCAAGAAUUAAAACAGUUAUCGACUACAUAUUAGAUUCGAGGAAUGAAGGUCCAAAGCUGUCUCAUUCCUUGAAGUUAACAGAAGGUUUGGCAACUCCAGAAAUCUUGGAAACUCCAGAACUUUUGACUUCAGGAAUGAAUUCUCCUGUUAGUAGUAGGGUUGGAGGAACACAAUGUAGAAAAUUACAAAUAUCGGAUAUGUGGUAUCAGUGGAUUUUGGAUAUAAUCAAUAAAUCAGACCUUUUAGGUUUGGUUUUUUUUAGAUUGGGAUUGGCAAAUGAAGCAUUGCUAAUAUAUGAACAGCUUCUGGAUGAUUUUAGAGAGCAGAAUAAUCCAUUUAUAAAAGAGCUUCAGAACCAAACAAUAGGAUUUGCUGGUAUUGUUGCCACAAAAGACCCUCUUCUUUUGGCGUCUGAUUGUUGCUUUGGAGACUGUAGAACUCAUUUGAUCGAAAACAACACACUGAUUCACAGAGAUAAGUUAAUAUUGCCAUUAAAUUUUAAUAAAUUGAUCUUAAGUAAGAGAUCCACAUAUUUCGAUAUUUUUCAAAUGGUGUUUUUGAGACAGAUAUUCAUUUUACUUUCAGUCAAGGAUUUCCAAAAAGUAUGUAACAGAGUUCACAUAUUUUCCAGAAAGUUUUCUAAAGAGAUUCUUUCCAAAAUUGAUCAUUUGAAAUAUAAAUUUGCUUGCCAUCUUUGGAUUUUUAGAUUUAUUAUGACUGUAGCUGCAAUUGGAUUUCCAGGAGUCCCCUCCAAUCCUAAAUAUAGUCCAGGUCCUCGUCAGAGUACUGCAAUUUCAUCACUGAAGAUUAUUAUUGUUUCGUCCAUUUUACCGAGAUUAAUACAUUUUUUGGGAGCUUCUGAAUCCAUUGAUGUUUGGAAACACAAGCCAUCCACACCAAAGCUCCCUCCAGAUUCAAAUGUCUCAUCUAUGGAAAUUCAGACUGCAUUAAUUAAGUGGGCCACUCAGUGUAUUUCUUCAAUUUUACUAAAUUGUAUUUGUGACUUUGAGGAGUUUAGUAGACUUGAAGAAGAAUUAGAAAUAAAUAGUCACAAAAGCAGCAAUUCUAUGUUCACAGUCUCCAACAAAUCCUCUCAUUUUUCAUUAUAUAGUAAAACUUCUCAUGAAGAAAAGAAUAAUAGCUCUUUGAACUAUGAUCCUAGCUCAAAACAAAACUCUGAUACAGGAGUGGACACAAAAAUCAGCUUUAAUCAUAAAAAUUCCAAAUUGGAGCAUGCAUCAUCCUUUAAUUCUCCUAGUUUCUCUCUAUUUCACCUAGCAUCUAAGCAUUUUUCUUUGGUUUGUGAAUUACUCUCCUCAGAAAUAUGGAAUAAAAGCUCUUCUAAAUUUGAUGAAAAUAAGCCUUCUGAGGAACUAAUAGAUAACCAAUUUUUGCAAGAUAUGACUUACAAUUUAAGUGGUGAUGCAGAACAACAUUAUAAUUUGAAGGAACUUUAUUGUUCCUUAAAUUCUCCCUCAAAAGUUUACAGAAUACUAUGCGAAGUUGUUGGUAUGGCAGCUAUGGAUUACAUUUCUUCUGGACAGCUUAAAACAGCAAUUUCACUACCAUGGGGAAUCAUUUUUGAGAAUAAAGAUUUCCUGAAGUGGAUGUUAGAAGAGUUAAAUAAUGAGACAUCAACUUUUGUUAAUUAUGAGACAUCCAAGAUAUCCGAUAUUUGCUUUUGUUAUAGGUUUGUUCGAAUUUGGCUUGAUUUCCCCACAAUUCUACUUCCUAUUCCUCUUCAAUGGACAAGUUUGAGUAAUAUUUCUCAGAAACUUCUCCUUAAACUAUUUGCCAAGAAGGUAAACCCAGUAUCUUUAAGCUAUAUAAAUAAUAAUGAUUCCUAUUUAUUACAAGCUGAAAUUGGUAUCAGACAAUUCCUAAGUAUUUUGAAUUCAAAUAAUCCAAAUUUUUCUCAAGAAGAUGGUUCAGGCAAGGAUUUUAAGGAAAACAUAUGUUUGGAAGAUCAGUUAAUACUUGAAACUUAUAUUAGCAAAUGUUUAGAGAACUCUAACAUUGACAAAGUAAAUUCUUUACAGUGGGAGUUUCCUUCCCAUCCUAAUUUGUGGGCUCAUUUAUAUAUUUCGGACUCUAGUUCAGAAAAAUUGAAAGAUGUUCCAAAGCUUAAAAUGAAGGCCUAUAUUAAUUUGGGUGGACAAACAACAGAAAAGAAUGAGACAUUGGACUCUUAUGAUUCCCAGACAAAAUCAUUUAAAGGGGUUACAUUAAAAAUUGUUGAGAGACAAAUUCUGAUGGCUCUUUUAGGAGGGGGGAAGCUAAUUAGAUUGCCUGCUAAGGCUUUACCUUGUUGUGGUUUAUUAGAUCCACUAAAACCAGUACAAGGGUAUUUUUAUGUUUUUCAUGAAAUUCUGAGACCAAGUGGAAGACUAUUUUUAAAGUCUCCAAAUGUGCUUUCCCCACUACUAAGCCCUCUUGGGUCUUCUGGACAACAAACUAAGGUCUCUGAUCCUGGAAAUGUUUGCUCAAAAAUUAGACAAGUAGAAGGAGAAAUGGGACAAAUGAUGGAAUCACAGAAAGUAGAGCAGCAAGAAGCAGGUGACACUUCGAACAGCCAAAGAAUGAAGAAUUCUGGUAGAUCUGGAUCAAAUAACAGUUAUAAUAGUUGGUUUCAAAAGAAAAGUUCUCGACAUGAGAGAUCUUCUUCAUUUUCCAACUCAGAGCUUGAACAUGUUAGAGAAGGAAGAGGCAAUAUUACAAAUUCACUGGUUUCAAAUAAAAAGAAGGAUGGUUCACCAAGACAGUGGAUGUGGGAAAUUGUUGCAGGGUUUAAAUGGGGAGGAAGUUCCUAUGGAAGUAAUUCCAAAAGUAAAGUCAAGGCUAGUUCAUUUAAUGGUAGCUUAUAUUCGGAAAAAAGAAAUGAGGUAUUGGAGGUAGAUGGUUUGGACAAUCAAGAAAAAGUAAUUAAUAACUCCAGUAUUCACGAAAGUUCAUUGAAAAAUGUUGGAGGACUUCAUAUCCCAUCUUCCACCUUGGAAAACACAGUAAAAGUUGAGGAAAAUUUGUCUCCUUCUAAGAUAAUUACCGUACCUACUCCUGGGCCAUCUAACUGGGUGAUAACGGAGGCAAGCAAAUCAAAUUCAAAGAAAUCAGUUCCACUGAGUCCAAAAUUGACUCUCAGUCCAAAGAAUGAAGAGCCUACUCAGUGUUUGGUUACACCUCCAAAUUUGUGGGUACACAAGUUGGCUGUUCCUGGAAUUCCAUCACGCUUUAUAUUAUUGGUUUAUCUUGGACUUUCUUCUCCUGUUUAUUUUGGCUCAGUUUGGUUGAGAUUUAAUGGUAUAAAAUGGGUACUUCUUGAAAACACCAUUAUGGAUUCUUCAAAGAAAAACAAAAUACUUUUGGAACCCGGGUUAAACAGUAUAGAACUAGAUAUUUUUUGUGAAGGAGAUGGGGAAUCUAGUUUUUUUAUAGAUUCUAUUGGAUUUUCUGAUAGAACAAGCUUCAGCAUUCCAAUUAACUUUUUGUGGGUGAUUCCCUUGGGUACUUUACCUUCUCCUCAUAUAUUACCAAGAGUUAUCUCAGAGUUUCAAAUAUAUGAAAGAGGUUUAGAAAUUUCUUUUGGGAAAAAGCCUUUAAAUUCAAGUAUAAUUUCAAAAACGAACAAGGAUGAAUUAGAAUGCAACCGAGAUAAUGCUUGGAAUCCACUAAAGAAGUGGACUACUUUGUAUUCUUUUGGGAUCAGAAAUUUGUCAGAAAUGUUCAGUAUGACAAUUCAGUUUGGAGAAAUUACACAAUAUUCUAACUCUUCCGAAUCUGUCUCAAACAAUUUGUUAAAAACAUACACAGGGGAGAAGAAAUCUUAUAGAAUUUCAGUGAAAAUAGAAGAAGAUUGGAUACAGAUAUAUAAUGUUGAUAUGGAAGUAACUCUGAGUUUUCAACAAUCUAAAACUAAAUCAAUAAAAAUUUUUUCUGAAGAAAUGGAAUUGGUACAGAUAGAUGGUUUAGAAUUGAAAAAAACAUUAAAACUAGAAAUAAAUCAAAAUUUAAUUAAGCUUCCGUCAUUUUCGAAUGAAUGUAUUAUUCAAAUACCAAUAAUGUUUGAUAUGUCACCUAUGAAAAAAUCAACUCAGGUAACUUUUGGUUUGGAUUUCAAUGCAAAAAUUAAAUACCAAGAGACAGAAGCUUGUACAAGACACAAUUUCGUGUUCCAAGUAGAGCCACAGAUGGAUUUGAUCAAUAUUCAACCAGUUCCAAACCUAGACUAUCACAGUUUGCCCUUUUAUUACUUUGAAUUGCUUUUUGAAACGGCAUGCAAAAGGGUUUUGGUGGAUAAGAUUAUUACUAUGUUUCCUAAUGAUUUAGAAAAUUUAAAUUUAUUUGGAAUUAUGGCCCCAGUAGAAUUAAAACCAAGAGAAAUUGAAAGCUAUAAAGAUUUGGGGGAAUUAUGUUCGACUAUUGAGUAUUCACUUUCUCAUCCAAUGACUAUUGAAUCUAAAUCAAAGCCUCUAAAGUUAAUAUGGAUAGUCCCAAAAUCGGAGCUUCAAAAGAGUUUUACUCCUCAAAUCUUAAUUUCCACUGUUAGCCUGCCACAAACAGAAAAAACGGAGUUAUCUGUUUCAGGGCCUUUCCAAAUUCCGAUGGAAACUUUAUACAAUUUUAUUUCACUGAGAAAGUCCAUACAAUCUACGAACGGAUUAUUGGAAACAAGCCUGGAUGGAUUAAGUCUAGAUCAUGUUGAACACCCUUCAUAUUCAAAAGUUGACUCAGAGUUUUCACUAGUUAUAUACCUAAAUUACACAUUUGGGAGAGAAGAAAUAUUUUCAUAUUGCUUAAACUACUUUGGAGAUGCAGAUGAAGACUUAGACAAUAAGGGAUGCUGGUGGUUUAUUGGAGCUAGAAAUGGUCAUGUGCAGGCUAAACCUGGCUCCAAAAUUAGGCUUGAAUUCAGAAUAGUUCCUUUAAUUAACGGGUUGUUGAAGCUCCCAAGUAUUAAUUUUGGUUGCUCAAACUCCCGUCCAUAUUCUUAUCCAUAUUUUACAUUGUCUGACAAUAGUAGAAAAUUUUACCUUGGGAAACAGGUAGUAAUUUAG